GUCUUUUUGGUGAGCGUAUAAAAUCUAUUAAUUGAUUAUAGUUUUUAUUACAAGAGACAGAGUUCCACGAACCAGAAAUAUUUAAAUAUUUUACAGCGCUUAAUCUCCCGGAUGAUCGCCUAUUUUGAAAUAACGUGAACUCAAAAUGACGAGGUGGGCCCGAGCGAACAACGUCCAUAAACACAGAGCAGCAGACGCCACACCAUGGAAGCAGCUGAAGGCGAGCGGGAACGCUGGAGUUGCAGGAACAAGCGCCGGUGGCCGACACAUCAAGCAAGGGCCGGGCGAAAAGAAACACAACCCAACAAAGAAGAAACGGGAGCAUGACCGUGACGAUGUGAACGGGUUUCUGGAGUAUUUAAAGCAGACCGGUCAGACACCUGCAGACCAGGAUCUGAGAGAAGAUGUGGCAACCGCCCUGAAGAAAGACGCGAGACGAGAGAACAGACGGAUAAAGAGGCAAAACACCAAAAAGAACAAUAUGAUCUGCUUCAACUGCCGGAAGCCUGGUCAUGGUCUCACUGACUGCCCAGAGGCGGAUAAUGAUGAAGAGAUGGGACGUGGGAUCUGUUACCGGUGUGGUUCUACCGAACAUGAGAUCCAGAGAUGUCGUGCCAAAGUGGAUCCUGCCAUGGGUAAUUACCCAUAUGCCAAAUGUUUUACCUGCGGUCAGACUGGACAUCUGUCCAAAGCCUGUCCUGACAACCCAAAGGGACUGUAUGCUGCAGGUGGUUGCUGUCGGGUUUGUGGUUCAGUGGAACACUUUCAGAAAGAUUGUCCUGAACACCAGAACUCAACUAAUUCCAUCACACUCGGCCGGCUGUCCAAUAGAAUCAGCGCUGACCACGAGGACGUCCACGUGCCUGUGAAGAAAGCACAAACCAAAAAAGACAAAGUGGUGGUGUUCUGAUCCACAGCGGGUUGAGGAGAAAUACAGAAAUUGACUAUUUAACCGAUUGUUGCAAUUUAGAUUUGGUUCUCCAGUCAUGAACACACCAAUCAUUCACUGUUAACCUUGGAUGUUUGUAGACACAGACAAAAGUGAUUGUCCUUCUUGUGAGACCAUUUACUUGCUAUUAAAGGUCCUCAUGAUGAA